AUGUCUUCACUUCCUAUCCGGACGAAUCGUGUCCCAGUGGUCACUGCUGCUUCGGGGGACGCGAGAACAAAUGGCGAGUACAAGCUGCCCACGCAUCACCUGGUCGUCAUCAUUCUCUGCAUACUGGUCACCGUGGCCGUCAUCCUCUUCUUCGUCGUUGGAUUCCCUCGGUGUCCCGGCUCCCGCAAGAAGCUGCCAUCGUCGCUCAGUCCCGAGCCUCUGGGCGGUAACAACCCGGAGGUCCAGCUGAGCAGGCUGCGCCAGGCCACGGGCAUGGUGACUGAGUUCAACCCCAACUACGAGUUCGGAGGCUCCACCUGCACCCUGCAGGACCUCACCGACAUCCCACGCGAGAGCCUCACGCUCGUCAAGGCCCUCGGCCAGGGAGCAUUCGGCGAGGUCUACCAGGGCUUCCUGCUGCCAACAACCGUAGCGCCCACUACACCGACCACUGGAGAGGCACCGUCGCCCUGUGACAGAGAUCCCAGUGGCCGUGAAGACGCUGCCGGAGCUCUCGUCCCCGGAGUCCGAGAAGGACUUCGUCACGGAGGCCUGCAUCAUGAGCAAAUUCAACCACCCCAACAUUGUCCGCUUCAUUGGCGUCUGCUUCGAGAAGAUGCCACGGUUCAUCGUUCUCGAGCUCCUGCCUGGCGGAGACCUCAAGUCCUUCCUCGGGAAUCGCGGCCAAAACCGAAUGUCCCACCGAGUCUUACGAUGACAGACCUCCUGAAGUUAGCCAUCGACGUGGCCAAAGGCUGCCAGUACCUGGAAGACAAGCACUUCAUACACAGAGACAUCGCCGCGCGAAACUGCCUGCUCACCACCAAGGGGCCAGGAAGGGUGGUCAAAAUCGCAGACUUCGGCAUGGCCAGAGAUAUCUAUAGGGCGGACUACUACAGGAAAGGAGGCAAGGCGAUGCUUCCAGUCAAGUGGAUGCCACCCGAGGCUUUCCUGGACGGCAUGUUCACCAAAACAGACGUGUGGUCAUUCGGCGUCCUCCUCUGGGAGGUCAUGUCCAUGGGAUACAUGCCCUACCCGGGACGAGGCAACCAGGAAGUCAUGCAACUGGUGACAUCGGGCGGCCGCCUGGAGCCCCCCGCGAACUGCCCGGGACCUGUGUACCACGUGAUGACGCAGUGCUGGCACGCCACGCCAGAAGAACGUCCCUCGUUUGGCACCAUUCUGGAGCGGCUGGGCUACUGCAUCCAGGACCCGGACGUCGUGUCGGCCCCGCUGCCCGUCUUCCACCGGCCACCCUCCUUGGAACGCGACGCCACCGUCAUGAGGCCGCCCAAUGCCGAUAACGUGUGCUUGCAGGUCUACCGGUCCGAGAGAUCCGAGGUCCAGUCUCCUGGCUCGGAGGACUACCUCAUCCCCAUGCCGUCGUCAAACUACUCCCUGAGCACGGAAAGAACCGAACUGCAGUCGGCCUCUUCCUCGCUCGACUCCAUGGACAAGUUGCUGGGCGGAAACGGCAACCAGCCGACCGUCAGGGCUCCCGCGCCCCCCGAGAAGCCGACGACAUGGGAGACAAGUUUCACCACGACGCCUCCCGACGAACUGCCUAUCCGGACACCCCUGCAGCAGCCCUACUCCAACGUGGCGCUCAACUGUUAGUGGGCGCGACUUCAGCGAAGGAACUGGGAAAGACGUGCCGUAUAGGUAGAUGACGUGGCACGCCAUUCGCCGCUUCCUCUUUUACCGCUCGUCGAAAAAUUGCCUCCCUUUCUUGACAUGGCACAGGUGAAACAGACUGGCUUCGUUUGGACGUGUUCUUCUAGUCGGGUCAUGAAGUUGAAAAAAAAAGAGUGUGAGUUACUUCUUAGAUGUCGUGAAGCUUCGCAAAGUAUAUGGGUGAUGUCGACCGGGGGGAGGUGUAUGCCGGUUUACUUAGUCAUGUUUUUCGCAGAUUUGGUGUGAACAGUCAAUCUUGUUCUUGCAUUGGUUUUUAGGGAGUGAAGUAGAGAGACUAGGUGGUACCCGUUACUGUUGACUUUUAUCGCUUAGUCUGCAGAUGAUUACUCGAAUGUCAAUACAACCAUGAUGGGUGAGGAUGGCAGAGACAGCAUGAUGAUGAUUUGGACCAUGCUAUUACGCCGAGUGUGAGCGAAAGACUUGCCGUUUGACUUUGAGGUCGAUCAGUUGUUUAAAGCUCUCGCCCUUUUCAUUCAAAGACAUACCUGGUUGGCGUGAGUUCUGUCCAACGCAUUGGUGCUGCGAUGGAAACCAUAUUCACAAAGGAGAUGGUCAGCGAGGGCCACAACAGGCAUUCAUUCACCUGUGACUUCGCUAGCAAUCGCUGAAUCGAAGAAACGUGAAUGAAAAAGAAGGCAUAGAGCUUCUCAGCGCAUGUUCACACCUUAUGACAACAGCUAUUCCCGAAUAGCAAUGCCUGCGAGUUCUAUGUUGCAGCUCGAAAGGCGGUCUUCUGGUCGGAGCUAGGACAAGAUACAUCAGGCAGGAAGAAGAGAUAAAGCGAGACCUCUCAUUUUUUUCAUAAUGCGGGCCAAAUGCACAUCAAAGUCAUGUCGGUGCACAUUUGCAUGCCAUUUUCUCCUCACCGCUAGAGCAAAUAUGGUCAAUGUUCAUCGUCGUAUGUGUACCCUUCGUUCCUUGAGAUGUAUACGAACAUUUAUCUCAGGAUGCCUGAUCUCGGAAUGAAAUCGUAGUUGUGCCGCUUACGGAAGCGUACGCGCUUCAACUAUUUUCUGGGGUAUAUGCAUGGGAGUCAUGCCGUGAGAACCCGUGCAAAUAUGAAUGAGAUAUGCUUUGGGGGAGUUCAUGAACUCCUGACUGGGCACCCGGCUUGAAUUCAUCGCUAGAUGUGGCUUGCAUACAACUUCGUACGCUUCACUUCAGAGAAAACAUGAAUGUUCGAGGCUGUUGCAGGGCGCAGAGCAAAGUGUAAAGCUUGGUUAGACUGGCGAAUCGCAUGCGUAUGACGUGUUAUCGAACAGUUCCUGAACAUGCGUGUCACGCUAAGGUCCUUCCCUCGAAUUAACCUAUUUCUAGUAGGUUGGUAGCUUGGAUCCGUGUCGGGAAGGCUUAGUUUGGAAGAAAAAAGUAUAAACUGUGGGCUCCACUUGUUACCACUCUACAACAGGGGAAGAAGUUGAAGUAUAGCUGCUCGCAAAUGUGUCCCACAGUUGUCUCCAAAGCAGGGUCUUCAGUUCCUUAAAACGUACCCCUUUUAAUUUUAUCACUGAAUCCAGAUGCAUCGAAGGCUAUUCUGUUUGUUAGUCCAUGUUCUUGCAAUUCCUGAUUUUUGUGACUGAUCUAAUUGUGUAAGCAGUUAAGUGAAGUCUACCUUUCAACUCGAAAGUCCCGUAGCCUCAUGCAGGCUCGUUAUAGAGCCAAGCCAUACCCUACGUCAACAGGAGCGUCACAGUGCGGUUAUACGAAAGCGACAAAGAUUGUUGAUGUGGUAGAUCUCACCGUACACAGUUAUUGCUUUUGUUUGUUGUUGUUGUUGUCGGUGAUCAACCAGAGGUCAAAAGUGAUUCAGACGCGCGGUUGUUACUUUAUUGCGUCCUUCAAAAUCGUACGUUCCUGCUUGGCUUCCUCGGAUUUCUUCCCUUCUUACAGAUGAUGCAAGUGAAUCUUAGUUUCGCUUGCUGCACUUCAGAAGCUCUUUGUAGUAAGCUGCCAUUUUGUGAUCUCAGGGAUUUCUGGGUAACGUUUUAAUUAUUUUAGAUAUAUUUUAAGUCAUAGGCUAGCAUCACGGCGUGAUGUCAGCUCUGACGAUUGCAGCCCCACUGAAGCUUAUUCCACGUCGCUUCGGCUGUUCCCUGAAAGAGCUGCACAAAGCUUGUUACCCGUUAUCAUACUUAAUUACAAAGCUGCCCCGCGUGAAUGAGGUCAUCAUUAUGUCGAGAAUCACUUUCUCUUUGAGGAAAUUAGGAGAAAGCGUAUGAUGUUUGCCCCUCCUUUCAAAAGUUAUGAAUUCACUGUAGCUUCUCGAUUUGUUGUGUUACGUUAACCUGUUGGUAAAAUGGACAAAACAAGUUCAUAGUACCUUAUGUUCAAGAACUUACGCACGCUUACAUAAAAAAAGCCCUAGGUUUAGCAUCCAUUUUAGAUUUAGAAUUUAGAGAAACAACCAGUAGGGUCAUUUAUUUCCAAUCUUUCACAUUUCCGUUGUGGAGUUGCAUUAUUUUGCCCUUGUACAUUGUAUACGUUGUACUUGCAGACAAGUCUCAGCGACGCGUUCCACAGCGUUUGUGUUGGAGUAUCUAUGAUGAACAAAAUCUAUCAUGAACAAAACCAUCCCGUCUUGGUAAAACUGAGAGAUGACGUUUCUGGCUUUAACUUCCUUCGCUAUGAUCCAGCGAACUACUUCGCAUAAACUUGAAAGAGUACAUCGAUGUGCCAAACGUAUUAUUCAUCCGCAUAGGUAACAAGUUCACAUCGUGCGAAUGUAAACUGUAACGGAAAAAAUGCAUGUAUAAACAUGAAGUUACCAGUAAUUUUUUGAGGGCUUGUGUUCUUGCAUUGAUGUUUCUCGGUAGGUUUUGUUACACUAGUAGAUAUACCGGAUGUUCUUGUAGAAUCGAUUAGUUAGUAAACCAAGGUUCCUGUUCUAGUCAUGUAUUGAUAUAUGUGUGUUACUUAAAACGUCGUCUCUGCACUGUACACGUCCAAUAAGCACUGUAAAAAGUCGGAGCGUGAUAAAAUCAGAUUACUGUUGUGCGUACAUCUGCUCCAGCGUAGCCCAAGAAGAACAAAGCUUGUCCACGGGUAUCGAUUGAAUGGAGCCAGUGUGGUAUUUAUUUAUGUACGUUGCACGUGUGUUAAAUGUCACCUCGUUAUGUAAUUGUGCGCAGAGAUUGGGCUUUCAAGAUGACAUUAAGGUCGCAUCGAAUGGGAACGUACUAAGCUUGUUUUGUUUCAAAGUCGUUCGCAUGUUUGUUGGGAAUAUGCCGCUCGUGUGCAUGCCUAGUGUAGCGGAAAGUGUGAAAAGUGGUCGCUUUCAAGUAUAGGUACUGGUGUCAAUGUCGUUACGUUGCACAUUUCUCGUCACAUCAACGCUUUCGGUGGUUAUGCAUGGCAGCCUGUAUUCUCUGCAUUACCAAAUGAAGCAUGGUUUUUUUUUUGUGUACACAGUUGCGAGUUUCCUUGUUUAGUAUGCCGGGUGAUGCUUUUAUAGGCACCUUGAUAUUUGGUGCCAUUAAGUUAAAUGCCGUGCCACCUGUUUGAUGAGCAGACGGAGAGUGAAGUUUGAAUAUGAAACCGUAAUUACGAUUAAGGUGGUAGACCGUUCCCCAAAAAGAGGUGCUCUUUUCUAGGAAUUUGCUGGCUCUGAUAGCGAGUAUUCUAUUCCCGGAGGUCACCACAAUCACAACUGCUGUACAUUAGUUGCAUCGUCGUACCGUGCACUGAGUCAUCCCUAGCCACGUGCCGACAUUGAUGAAUCAUGCUGUUGUUACACAGUAGACGAAGGGCCGCAUCUGUUCGCUGUACCCGUAUGCGCGAAGCCUUUGUUUGCUGUGUCCCGCCCAAGUGCCACGGGGCGUUCAGUAUAUAGCUCGGCGAAGUUCAUCACAACUUUUACGUUGCGUGAAAUCAGUGCCAAAUCAUCACUACGACUUUCACGUUUACUGACUAACUUUACAGUGAUGUCUAGUCACCAGUUCACCUGUACCGUAAACCACGAAACCAUCCUGUAUAGUGAGACGGUGAUGUUCAACCCACUGCAUUCGUAGAACAGUUUUUUAAAUUAUUAUUUCUGCUGAUCCUUCUUUCAUACUGCACAAAACGAGACACUCACAAAUUCUUCGACACCUAAGCCGGACAGGCUACAAUUGCUGCCUAAACACGGAAUCCCUAGCUAAGUGCAGGGGCCGUGUGCAGAGUGAUCAAAGUGGCGACGCACGUUUCGCAGAGUCCUCAUCGACAGGGUGCUGAGAUCUAUUUUUUUUCUUUUUUGCUUCCAGGUGCUACCGGGUGUUUUCGAUCCGAUUCGCCAUGUGCUGCUGUCCGCACUGCUUCUUUCUUCUCUGAAUUGAGAAUGACCACAGCAUAGAAAAAUAUACAUGUGUGUUCAGGAACAACGUCAAGUAGUCAAAGUCAAA